AUGAAUGGAUCGGAUGUAAUCGAUGAGCACAUGAUGGAACAAAGCGCGGAUACUAAUUUGAAAUCAAUGCCGUAUAUUCAGCGACGUCAAACCAAGAACUAUGUGACUAAAGGUAAUAACGAGUCAAUUGUGGCGUUGAAGGGCACUGAACAUCUCUUUGCUAUAACUGAAUCUGGGUGUAGUCCGUCUAUACAAGAUAGAGAAAUUAUUCCCCCCGGAUAUCAAAUUCUACGUUGCGACCGCAAUGACGGACGCAAGCAAGGCGGCGUAUUUCUCGUGGCCACACAGCGGUUGGAGCUACGUGAGGUGCGCGCGCCCGGCGUCGCGAUAGACUCCUGCGUGUUCGAGAUGGUUUGUGCAACUGUACAUUUAGGUCGACAGUUGGAUUUGGUUCUGUGCUCGGGUUUUAGCGAUGGAAUUGAGGUAGUUGCAGCGGAUGAAGUUUUAGUGCCUGCGGACGCGUAUCAUCCACCGCUGACGGUGAGGCUGCGCGCGCGCGCCUCUCCCGCGAGCGCUGCUGCCGCCCCCACCACCCAGGCCGCCUCCGCCGGAUUCACAAAUGACCGAUUACAAUGGAACUUUUAUAAGGCUGAUUUUCAAUUGAUGUACGCACUUUUAACGUCUACUGAGUGGGAUCCUUUAUAUAAAAUGGAAGGUGUAGAACAGGCGCUAGAUUUUUUUUAUGCGAAAGUGUAUGAUAUUUUUGAUAGAUGUGUUCCCAAGAAAAAACAACUCAAAACAAAUAUGAGAUAUAAAUAUCCGGAGUGGUACACGAAAAAUAUUAUACAUGACAUUAAAGUUAAGGCUAGGUUACAUAGAAAAUAUAAAAUAUCCAAACUAAAAACCGAUUAUGAUGCAUUUGCUGCAUACAGAUCUAGAAUAAAAACAGCAAUAGAGACUGCCCAUAAACUGCAUAGGGAUAAAAUUCAAAAACAGUUCAAAAGGGAUCCGAAAUCUUUAUGGCAAUAUAUCCGGUCUAAACGAGGCACGCCGAAUCAACCAGUCAUUAUAGAGGAUAACAAACAUUUAGACGAUGGGGAAUGUGCUGCACAAUUUGCGAAAUUUUUUGAGUCUGUGUAUAGCAGCGUACCACCACGAUUAGAUGCCAAGGCGGCGGCGGCGGCGGCGGCGGCGGCGACCAGUGGAGUAUCUUGCGCACGAGUGCAUGUGGAGGCUUUUAGCCAAAAAGAGGUAAGUGAUGCGCUAAAACAUUUGAAGCCAAAGCAUUCUGCAGGGCCUGAUGGUAUACCUGCUUUUCUGGUCAAGGAUUGCAGCAGAGUGUUAGUCGAACCCCUUCUCUAUAUAUUUAAUAUUUGUUUAAAAUCUGCUACUUUCCCGGUCCGUUGGAAAAUAACACGUGUCAUCCCGGUUCCCAAAAAUAAAACUGGAUCCAGUGUAAGAGAUUAUAGGCCCGUGGCUGUAUUGUCGACACCUGCGAAGGUAUUUGAGGCAGCCCUCCAUAGUCGAAUACAGCAGCAAAUCAGACCAAUGCUUUCGGACGAGCAACAUGGGUUCCGGUCAGCGUGCAGCACUGCCACAAACCUCCUAAGUUUCAUGACUCAGUUGAUCCCGGCGGUGGAUGCUGGAGGCCAGGUGGAUGUUGCAUAUUUUGAUUUUCGAAAGGCGUUCGACACAGUCGAUAAUGACAUCCUCUUAAAAAAAUUUGCUGAAGUAGGAUACACCCCAAAGUUAUUAGAAUUCUUUGCGAGUUACAUGAGAGAUCGGCAACAAUAUGUAGAUUACAAAGGCUUUCUAUCUGAACCAUAUUACACUUGGUCAGGCGUGAGCCAGGGAACUCUCCGCCGUCAGAGUGGAAACUCGCGUCAAGUCAGUGUUGAGUGUUCACAAUUUUACAGCCUCUGGAUUUUGACGUGUGACAGGACACUGCAACCAAAACAGUUGCAGUUUGAUAGUGCAUAA